CUCUGCAUCCCACUUCGACGACGACGACGACGACGACGGCGGAGAUGAGCCCACAGCGUAGUCCAGCGGUGAUGUCCCCUAUGCGGGACAGACCAGACCCCGUCCAGUCUUCCAUCCGUCGCGAGUCAGCGCUGGGAUGGAACAAAUCACAACAACAGCAACAGCAACAGCCCUCUCCAACGACUACUAGCACCAGUACAACUGCAACGACCCCACUGCGCAUCGCCAAACGUGAUAGCAAGCCGCCAUUCCCACUCGUCGCACGUCGCUCGUCCUCCAGCUACAAACUUCUCAGAAACAACAACCUCGUCUCAAAGUCCCCCUUCAAAUCGCACAUCCCCAUUCCAUCCACAUCAGACACCGCAUUCCCCGUUCCUACCCCUGCCCCUCGUCGCGUCAGUGGCGAGAAACGACCACGCCCAGAGUCCAUGCACGAGCAGGCGGAGAACGAGCGCCCCUUCGCAUUCAAGCGCGAGCGACGACAGUCCAAAGCCUACCAAGGGCUCAUAGAAAAAGAGCCCGUAACUAAGAGUCCGUUCAGACGUCCCCCGGACUCGAAUGCAGACGAAGAUCACCCACCACCACCUCCACCCAAGGUGGCAUUGUCACCUCCUGCACAGCCUCCCUCGACCCCUGCACCCGUACUCUCUCGUCCUGUGACUCCCUCCCGUCCAUCUCUCGUUUCCAAACGACUCCAUGGUCCUAGAACAGCUGAUCAGUCUUCCAUAGAUGGUAAAAGACGGAGACGGAAGACGGUUACAUUUGACGAACGCUGCGACGUAUUAGAAUUCGACCGUGAAGAGGAGGAAGAGGAUCUCUUCUUUUCAUCUGAUGAAGACAACUACGGAGAACCUGGCGCUGGCGAGGAGUUCGAACAAGAUCACCAUGCGCAGGACAAUUGCCAUCAGCCUCAAGACGCUGCUAACCAGGACAGUUUUGAGAGCAUACAAUUGGAAGACGGCGAUCACAGCAUUACUGGCAUAGUAGAUGCCAUGUUACAGUCCGCUUCCGGGAGUGUGCCCGGUCUCGGUUUACCCUCCACUCCGAGUCGUCAUUCGUCUCUUCCUCCUGAUUUAGAAACGGAAGGCGGUGUUCCCUAUGGUCGAUCCCAUCAUGCGGAAAGAGCGCGGCGGCGUGCUAGCGUGUCUUCGCCCGCCCUUUCCACUCCAGGUUUUCCGUUCCAAAAUUCUCAUUCCCAGAAUUCGCCUUCCACUCCACCCCGUUCCACUGACAGCUCCGCAGUCUUGUCCGAAUCAGAGCUGGAGCAGGAUGUCAACAUGAUACCACCCUCACCCAGCCCAAUGAAAAGCGAGACAAAGAUGGAGCACAAUCGUAAAGAUUCUCUUAUACCGCGCUUCGAACUUAACCUUCCGAAGAAUGAAAACUCCCCAUCCACAACUGCCGAUCCCUUUUCGGCCCCGCGAAGUAAAGAGGAGCCACACAUCGCAGAGUCCUCGUUCACCUCUUUUGAUGAUCCAAUGGACCCUGCGAACCUUUCCAUUGGUCAGUCAGAGGUGUCAUUGUCAAACCUCGACCUGGAGGCUGAGCUUCAGAAAGUCCUCCAAGGAAAUCGCCCUGCAGGUGGGAAUGAGCUACCCAAGCUAUCGGAACUCAUCCCUCGAAAUUCGUCUUUUACAACGAGCACACCCCCUCCUCUCACACCUCCGCUUUCCUUUGCCGGUGCUUCCUCUGGUUCCUCCUAUGUAUCUCCGCAUCCAGUAAGGGAUGGAAGCCCUGGCCUCAACAGUUCACCAGGGAACCAUUUGCCUGCAUCGCCAAUUGUUCCUCCGCAACUCCCGAGGUCACGUUCUGCCUCGCCUUCUGGCGUGAUGUUGCAACGUAGCUCUGGUUCACCGAGCGCGUUACACUUGCGUAGACGGUCCGAGUCCCCUCUAACCCUGCCGUCUAGGUUGCUUACAGGUUCCCCUGCACUGAGGUCUGGGUCACCUUUGCGCGAGAAGGCUAGCGUGCAAGAAUUGCUGCCCUCGCGGACGCCCAGGACUAGGAUUAGCAGGGAUGAAAUACAGGCGCGGCUUAUGCGGAAACGCAGCACGGAAAGUCCCCUGGGCUCUCCAGCGAUUGCUCCACAUGUUGAUCUAUCCGACGCCGUCGUUUCUGGCACUUCGACCCCUCCCCAGGAAUCCAAACAAGAGAUUUCGUUAUCGGGCAGCUCUAGCGGAGAAGGAAAGCGCCCGGACUCUGUUUCUGUUACUACAGAUGCCAGCGCCGAAUUCGCUACAAUCCAAAAAGCUGAGAAGAUCGCAUUGAAUGCUGGUAACAUCCACUCAGAACUACGGGGUACACCCAUGGAUCAGGGCGGAGGCAGCGCCAGCCAUGAAAAGGUACUCUCUGUGGCAACGGCCGGAGAGGCUGCCCAGCCCAGACCGUCGCCGGCCCGACCGCACUCCAUUGCUAUGCUCGAAACCAGCUUUGAUGUUGGUGCUGGACUUGGAUUUGGUGCACGCGACUCCAUGGGCUCUGUUCAACUUGGUGAGAUGCGAUCGGCGCUGGAUAGGCUCAUGGACCAUGUCAAAGAGAGCUCGGGGUCGACGCCGAGCAAAUUGGGUACCCAUUCACAGGUUCGAGUGGAGUCCGUACCUUGGGGGCCUGAUACCAGCGGGGGCUUCGGCGACGAGAGCAUGCGUACCGAGACAGAUAUGAGCUUGUGUGUUGACGAGAGCCGAGAAGAGAUUUAUGUCCACCCACCGAGGGCCGCGCCGGUACCGAUGGAGCGCGUUGCAACUGAUCCCGCGGUCCAUACUUUUAGAAGUCCUUCACGAGCGGACGAGCCGCCGAUUUCCCUAACGAAGGAUGCGAUCCGGGCGAGAGAGGAGCUCAUAAUUAGAGAAGCGACGAGAGGCUCGAAAGCGAGAUGAAGAGGAGUCGAUGGGGUAC